AUGUCCGACCUGUCCGGAGUUGAAGGCGCCAAGUCGCCUUUUGAGUCUCGCGAUGAUAAUAGUGGCGCAACCUCUGUUCUAGUCGAUACAAAUCCAUCCUCGGCAACCGACACACCGGGAUUGCUUUCAGUGAUUGAAAGCACCGGAUCGCAAGAACGGGAGCUUGUUAGCAACCACGGUGAAAACAAUAUUGAUGGCAACCAAAAUUCUGUACCAGUGCAAAACGCCACACCAUCACAAGAUGAUGCAGAACUAGAGUGGACAGCCGCUCCAAUGACCCCGGAUUCCAUGGCAGAUGAGGAUCUGACCACGACAAGUCUUUCUGUUGAAGGCGGUGCACCAACUGGGGUUGACCACGUUGCUCUGGAAAGCCCAUCAUCACCCCAAGAGUCCGGGGCCGCCGUCACCAUUGACCCCGAAACGUCCCAGAGCCCGGGUGCAAGCUUGCGAUAUAGUCAAGAAACGCCUGACACAGCCCUAGACUCGGAUGGCCAUGGAUCAGCACCUGAUCAAAAUGAGCAGCCCCAGGAAUCCCCAACGAUCUAUGGAUUCAUGCCAGAUGAGCCUCUCGAGGUAGACGAGCGGCUCUUGAAAUAUGCAGCAACUCGCGCGAACGUGUCGGCGUCGCAUACGGUAGAUUCUCAGUCUUGGGUGCCAGAAGAUUUCUUUCGCCAACCAACUGGAUCCACAGUCGCCGAGCCCGAGUCCGUCCUGGGCCGGUCUGGCAGAACUUAUCACGGAUUCAAGGAAGGCAAAUAUUUCAUGCCAAAUGAUGGUCAAGAACAAGAUCGGUUGGACUUUCAGCAUAGAGCUUUGACAAUCCUGAUAGAUGAAAGGCUUCAUGCUGCACCCCUAAAGAAUCCAAAAUACGUCAUGGACAUUGCAACAGGUACUGGUAUAUGGGCUAUGGACUUUGCUCAACAAUACCCUGAAUCCAAGGUCAUUGGUGUAGACUUGAGCAAGAUCCAGCCCAAGAAUGCUCCUCCCAACGUCGAGUUCAUCAAGGACGACAGCGAGGAGCCAUGGGUGUUUCCUCACAAGUUUGAUUAUGUGCACGCGCGGGCGGUCUUUACCUGCUUUAACGAUCAAAAGGCGGUCAUGAGGAACGCCUUUGAAAACCUCAAUGAGGGCGGGUGGAUCGAAUAUCUCGACGGCUCUUUCAUCGUUGGCUGUCUUGAUGGAACCAUUGAAGGUACUGCCUUGAAAAGAUGGGGUGACCUGUUGGUCAAGGGUGGCUUGGGUCUAGGCCGGAACCUUGAAGUCACAAAGCACUUCAAAGAAUGGCUGGAGGAAAUUGGCUUUGUCGAUAUUGUCGAGAGAAAGCUCCCCUGGGCUUACAGUCCGUGGCCGCAAGACCGACGACUCAAGCUGGCCGGGAAAUUCAUGCAGAGCAAUAUUUACGAAGGCAUUCGUGGUAUAAGUUUCAUGUUUUUGACUGGCGCCGGCUUGUCGGAAACCGAGAUCAACGAUCUGAUCCUCCAGGUUCGUGCUGAUCUGAUGAACCCCAGCAUUCACGCGUUUAUGCCAGUUUGGUCGGUUUAUGGUCGCAAGCCAUUCAACCACGAAGUCAAUGCUCGGCAAAAAUAA